UGACUCACACUGACAGUGACAGCUGUUAAUGUCAAAGUUGUUGCAGGCAUUUUGUAAACAUUACAUUGUUUUUCUAUUAGAAUCACUUUAUAACUAAUAAUGCCGCCUAAAAAGAGAAGCCCAGACACAAAUUCGAAGGAAGAACUAGAUAAAUGGAGUAAAGAGGAACUUAUAGCGAGAGUAUUGCAAUUAGAAGCUCACAAUGUACAGUUAAAGAAUAUUAUAAGUAAGAACUUCUCUCAAUCUUCAUCAGAAAGUGAUGCGAAAGAGAACAAUCGUAAGGUGGAUUUUAGCAAAUACCACUACCGCCGCAUCCUACUCCGUAUACUCUACUUCGGUUGGGACUACAACGGUCUUGCAGUGCAGGAGGACUCCAAGCAGACCAUAGAACAUCACCUCUUCCAUGCUCUUACCAAGUCCUGCUUGAUACAGAGUCGAGAGACUUCUAAUUACCAUCGGUGUGGACGGACUGACAAAGGAGUCAGCUCUUUUGGACAGGUAAUAUCAAUAUCCCUACGCAGUAAGUUCCCCCCCACCGAGCAACAUACACAAGAAGCGCUAAGUAAAGAGAUGGAUUACUGCAAGAUCCUGAACAGACUAUUACCCAAGGAUAUUAAAGCAGUUGCCUGGAUGCCCAUACCUGAGAGUUUACCUGAAUUCAGCGCUCGGUUUGAUUGCAAGAAACGUUUAUACAAAUACUACUUCCCUCGAUCUUUGCUGAACAUCCAGGCAAUGAAGGAAGCCUGCAGUUAUCUCACAGGGUCCAACGACUAUCGCAAUCUCUGCAAGAUGGAUGUCGGCAACGGCGUGGUUGAGUUUAUCAGGGAAAUUAUAUCCGCUGAUAUUGUACCCGUAAACCCUGGUGAUGUGGACGCGGCUACAUCGAUGUUCUACCUCCAGAUCGAAGGUAAUGCCUUCCUAUGGCACCAGAUCCGGUGCAUCAUGGGGGUGCUCCUGCUCGUCGGCCAGGGUAAGGAGACGCCGGGAGUCAUCAGGGAAUUAUUGGAUGUUGAGAAAAAUCCUAGAAAACCGCAAUACAACAUGGCGUUGGAUUUACCUCUGAAUUUAUUUCACUGUUCGUAUGAUAUAACUGAGCCUCAGAGCUGGCGGUGUAGUAGACAGGCGUUGGCUGAGGUGCUGAGCAAUCUGCAGAGCGACUGGACGAUGUAUAGUAUCAAAACAACUAUGAUAAAAGAAGUCAUCAAUGAAAUUGAAACGUUAUACAGCAAGUGUGAGAGCGAGACGGCAGAUACAGAAAGCAAGGAGAGAGAAAAGGACAGAGUUAUAGCCUACGCUGACUGUCUCCUACAGGGUGUCAGAGCUAAAGUAUAUAAGCCUUUGUUAAAGAGAGAUACGUGUUCAAGCCUAGAAGAAAGAAUAGAACAUUACAAGAAGAGAAGAAAAUUAGUUGAUCCCAAUGAGGAAAUAGAAGGAAAGAGAACGUGUAGAUAAUAAAUAAAUAAAUUUACAUUUA